AUGUUUGAAUGUAUAGCGUGUCUUGUAUGCAUUCUCGGAUGCAUUGGUUUAGGUAUAGGAAUAUCAGGUAGUAUUGACUUUGGUACAGAACGUCACAAAGAAAUUAAUUUCGUCGAGAAUAUAUGCUUGGUAAUUGAUGCAAAAGCAAUUCCACACUUAUGUAGUCGAUAUUUGUGUCAUGCACCUGUAUGGACUGUUGAAUACAAUGAUGACAUAACUGUAAUGAGCAGUAAUCAAACCAUUGCUCGAAUCACAGGAGAUACUUCAGAAAAAUACGCUAAAGCAAUGAAUGAACUUGAGAUGUAUCCUAUCGGUUCGAAACAUACUUGUUAUCAUCAUAAACGAGCAAGUAAAAAAACUGCUCAGUGGCACAAACCUAAUACAAAACCUGGCUUGAUCUAUCUUCUAGUGGGAUUUGGUCUACUUGCUGUCUCUAUCAUUGCAGGUGUUAUUAUGUACAUCAAGUAUCGAAGCAACCGAAAUCGUCAUUAA